AUGAUCUCCCGAAUUGCGUUGGAACGUCCACCAUCCAAUCGUGUUACGGCCCAGAUUCAUUCGGACUGCUUUCUGUUGCUCGCUGAGUUGAUGGAUGAGCCUAGCCUACGGGAUGACGCAAACCACGGUGCGACACGUUACAGUUCCUGGACAACUGUGAUGAGUCAAUCGUCCCAGAUGACGCCAGAAAGCACCUACGCGAUACAGCGUCUGGACAACGAACCACAGGCCGAUUGUGCCGACGAAUCAGAAGCCGUGCGGCCCAGACAAAAGCUGAACAACAUAAAGAAUAUGAGCACGUGA